AUGAAGCGGCUGUCCUCGGCGUUGAUUUCAGCGCAGGCGUUUAACACGUCUCCAGCCAACGGCACGCACACCUACUGUGAGCCGGGCCACGCCGUCGCCGAAGGCGGCAAACCCGCCCCUGGAGGUGAAGAUGUGCGGGACCCGGGCGGUGCGCGCCGUCGGGAUGCUUGUCUGCCGUGGGCGCCGCACGCCAUCCAGGCAUCUACCUGUGAUGCGCUCUUGCUGGCCCGCCCUGCUCCACCGUGGGUGUGA